UGAUUCUCCUUUGCCUGUUUCAUCGCGUGUCUGUUUUGUAAAGUUCCAUGAUCCUGACUCCGCAGUUGUGGCCCAGCAUCUGACAAACACUGUAUUCGUUGACAGAGCGUUGAUAGUCGUACCAUAUGCAGAAGGAGUUAUUCCUGAUGAGACUAAGGCUUUGUCUCUCUUGGCACCAGCUAAUGCUGUGGCAGGUCUGCUGCCUGGAGGUGGACUCCUGCCUACUCCCAACCCACUCUCUCAGAUUGGUGCUGUUCCUUUAGCUGCUUUAGGAGCUCCUGCUCUUGAUCCUGCCCUAGCUGCUCUUGGGCUUCCUGGAGCAAACCUGAACUCUCAGUCUCUUGCAGCAGAUCAGCUACUAAAACUGAUGAGCACAGUGGAUCCAAAGUUGAACCAUGUAGCUGCAGGUCUUGUUUCACCAAGUCUGAAAUCAGAUACCUCCAGUAAAGAAAUAGAAGAAGCUAUGAAAAGAGUACGAGAAGCACAGUCACUAAUUUCUGCUGCUAUUGAGCCAGACAAAAAAGAUGAAAAAAGAAGGCAUUCAAGGUCAAGGUCACGCUCAAGGAGGAGGAGGACACCUUCUUCAUCUAGACACAGACGGUCGAGAAGCAGAUCAAGGAGAAGGUCGCAUUCAAAGUCAAGAAGCAGGAGGCGAUCUAAAAGUCCAAGGCGAAGAAGAUCUCAUUCCAGAGAGAGAAGCAGACGGUCUAGGAGCACAUCCAAAACCAGGGAUAAAAAGAAGGAAGAGAAAGAAAAGAAACGUUCUAAAACUCCCCCCAAAAGCUACAGCACAACCAGACGCUCGAGAAGCACAAGCAGGUACAGGAAAAGAAGCAGAAGUGGAACACGGUCACCUAAAAAACCCAGGUCUCCUAAAAGGAAAAUGUCCCGGUCCCCGUCUCCAAGAAGACAUAAAAAGGAAAAAAAGAAGGAUAAAGACAAGGAGAGAAGCAGAGAUGAGAGGGAGCGGUCAACAAGCAAGAAAAAAAAAAGCAAAGACAAAGAGAAGGAUCGAGAACGAAAAUCCGAGAGUGAUAAAGAUGUGAAAGUCACAAGGGAUUAUGACGAAGAGGAACAAGGGUAUGACAGCGAGAAGGAGAAAAAGGAAGAAAAGAAAAUGGCAGAUUCUUCCUCCCCUAAAGGCAAGGAGCCUGCCGCUGAUAAAGGCAGUGGGGAUUCAGGGAGGGAGUCCAAAGUGAAUGGGGAUGAUCACCAUGAAGAGGACAUGGACAUGAGUGACUGAGCGUUGCCUUUGCAGCGAGCGCAGCUGCAGACGUGCAUCAGUGUCAUUCCUGUGUGAUUCUUUUACGCUGUACUUGUUAAUCCUAAAUCUAGAUGUCUACAACUCUGAGCUAUACCUGGUCUGUAAAUCUCCUGAUACUAACUCACGUCAAAAGCUUUCUAGAGAGGUAACCGUGCUCGUUACGGCCGAACGGGAUCGCGCAGCCGAGCGGUUUUUACUAACUUGGUGAUGCUUCAAGCAAAAGUACCAAGCUGCAUGCGUCUCCAGCAGGCAUGGACUGUUGUUGUAUGAUCUCCUGUAGUAAAUCAGCUCACCUAUGAUAGUGUUUCUAGAAUUUGAUUCAUUGCAGUACUAGAGCAGUAUAGGGAAUGCACUGACUGCAUGUUGUGUGGCAGAAACAUCCUCAAUGUUCUAAAGUCCUACAGCAUAGGGUGGAUCUACUUAAGGGUCUUAAGUGUGACUACACAAAAAAAACAAAUCGACAGUA